AUGGGUGUUAUGAAUAUUGUGUCUUCAAUAACCGGAUUCGUGACAGGCAGUCCGCAAUGGUAUCGUGUUCUGGUCAAGUGUGUCGACUGGUUCACGUACUUCCGCUGGCUACUUAGGGCCAUCUUCAAGUAUCGCAUUCUCGGGUACCCUAAAGUGCCGUACACCGCGUUAGUGCAACUUGUCUCGGCGCCUAUCACGCUAUGGAUAGCUGGCUAUCCAGGCGGUAUCCCGAUCUACUUCGCCACGCUAGUAUGUAUCAUGUCUCUAAAUGAAUGGGUUUCGACACAAGUCCCUCAUAACGAGGCUAAGCGGUCGGCCCUGACCGCACUACUUAUUGGAGCGGGAUUUUGUGAAAAGCAGACAAUAAAGUCGCCAGCCGAAGAAGACUCGAGCAAGGACAAGCGAUACUGUUCUUCCCUUGAGUUGAAAAUAUGA